AUGGCCCAUCAGGCGAGGGACCCGGUGCUGGCGCUCCUCGUUCUCGCGCUGGUCCGCCUGUCGAACCAAAGGAGCAUAAUCACCUGGUGUGUAGUAUCAGAAGCAGAAGAGCAGAAGUGUCUGGAUCUGGCGAGCAACGUAGCCGCGAAGAACAUCCGCGGCAGACUGCAGUGCGCGCGCGGCUUGGACAAUGUGGACUGCAUGCGGAAAAUUAAGAACGGGACGGCGGACGCUGCCACCAUGUCUGCAGACGACAUCUACACAGCCGGCUGGUGCCACGGGCUGGAGCUGGCGGCCGGGGAGUCCUACAACGGCGAGGAUGGGGUGAGCUACUAUGUGGUGGCGCUGGCCAGACGCUCCUCCAGCGACCUGUCUCUGCUGGAGAUGCACGAACGCAGCUCCUGUCACCCGGGUAUCCGUACCACGGUGGGCUGGACCGUGCCCAUCGGCUUCCUGGUCAACACUUCGCAGAUAAGCGUGGACGAGCAGUGCAACUUCCCGCAAGCGGUGGGGGAUUUCUUCGGCUACAGCUGCGUCCCCGGUGUGAAGGACCCCGAGCAUGACCCUCGGGGGAAGAAUCCCAAGAACCUGUGCGAAGCCUGCAUCGGCGACGACAACGACCGACACAUCUGUGUCAACAGCCCCCGGGAGAGGCACUUUGGGGAGGCAGGUGCCCUCAGGUGCGUUGCUGAAAACCUUGGCGACGUUGCUUUCGUCAAGCACACGACAGUGUUUGACAACAUGCUUGGUAAGAAUCAGGAGUCGUGGGCUUUGGACCUGGAGCUGGAGGAUCUGAAACUGCUGUGCCCCGAUGGCACAGAGGCAGCCCCACCGGACCACCUGAGGUGCCACCUGGCCGCCGUCCCCGGCAAAGCCGUCGUGGUGCGACUGGAGGACAAGUGCCGAGUGUACAAGUUCCUGGAGCGCGUUCAGACAGCAUUCGCCAGCUCCCCACAGGGUUUCUCCCUGUUCAGCUCCUCGGCCUACGGCGGGAGGGACCUCAUGUUCAGCGACAGCACGCGGCGCCUGCUGCGGGUGCCGGGCGGCUUCAGGUCGUGGCUGGGGCACAGCUACACCACUGUGCUGCAGGCCUUCGAGUGCGAAGGUCUGUGUUAAUGGGGGGCAGAAGUCACAUCGCUAGCCCCCGCCACACGCUGUUCCCCUCCUGUGCUUUAUAUCUGCGGUAGCCAAGCUUUCCUGUCAGUUCUCACGCCUGAUUUCGGACACCCCCCACUCCCCCCGGCACCCUGGUCCUACCCACCCGGCCAUUACCGAACACCAGGACUGGAUUAAGUGUCCCCCCCCCCCC